GUGGGCCCAGACUGAACCACCCUCUCUCCGGGGGGUCUGACAGGCAGGCUGCCGGCCUCUGGGCCCCACGGCCUCGCGGGCGGUCCUUCUUCAUCGUCCUGUCUGUCUGUCUCUCCUAGUGGCGCCCUACACCAUCGUCUACUUCCCUACCCGAGAGCACUGUGAGGCUGGGUCUUUGCCCGUCCCCACACUCCUGCCUGCCCACACCAGGGCGCUGCGAGGCCAUGCGCAUGCUGCUGGCUGACCAGGGCCAGAGCUGGAAAGAGGAGGUGGUGACCAAGGAGACCUGGCUGCAGGGCCCUCUCAAGGCCUCCUGUCUGUUCGGGCAGCUCCCCAAGCUCCAGGAUGGAGACCUCACUCUGUACCAGUCCAAUGCCAUCCUCCGCCACCUGGGCCGCUCCUUCGGGCUCUACGGCAAAGACCAGCGGGAGGCGGCGCUGGUGGACAUGGUGAACGACGGUGUGGCGGACCUCCGCAACCUCUGCGGCCACCUCAUCCACCACGACUGUGAGGAGGACAAGGCCCGGUACAUGCGGGACCUGCCAGAGCACCUGAAGCCUUUUGAGACGCUGCUGGCCCAGAACCAGGGGGGCCAGGCCUUCAUUGUGGGCAACCAGAUCUCCUUCGCCGACUACAACCUGCUCGACUUGCUGCUGACCCACCAGGUCCUGACCCCCGGCUGCCUGGACGCCUUCCCCUUGCUCUCGGCCUACGUGGCCCGCCUCAGUGCCCGGCCCAAGCUCAAGGCCUUCCUGGCCUCCCCUGAGCACGUGAACCGCCCUGUCUUUGGAAGCCGCAAGACAUGAACCCGCUUUGACCUCCCCUGGCAGAGUGGCUGUCCUUGGGAACCAAUAAACAAUGAGAGGAAA